AUGAGAAAACCACCUGCAUCAUCUAUGAAUCCUUAUGCUCGCUAUUCUCUUUAAGCUGCCAAUACAACAAUUGCUGUGAAACCUAACGUAUCAGCUUCAUUCAAUGCUUCUAAGUAUGAUGGAAACUGCAUGGUUUGCAUUAACAAGGGCUAUAGCUUUUGUUAAGAUUACAAAUCCUGCUUACCUAUCAACGCAACUUGCCCCUUUGGAUUAAAAUUCAACCUUACCACCGGGUGUCCCACUCAAUAAGGAUGUAAUUUUGGAGCAUAAGGAAUAGCAUAUGUUGCCAAUCCAAACGUAACUGGAGGUAUUAAAUCUGAUGGCUCCAUGAUAUUUAAUGCUACAGCUAAUUAUCCUUGCUACAUUACUUUGAUAAACGAUUAACUAAAUAAGGUCUAGUAUAAUUUAGUUGGGAAUAAUAUAACAGUACAGAUGAUGAGCAUACAAUACCCCAAUAGCUAAUUUAGUAAGUCAGCUAUGAAAUUGGGAGAGCCAUAUGUAAUAGAACCCUAUGAUAAUAUGACAUAUCUCUAUGUCGGAAGUCUCAAUAAUCAAUAGUAAUUGACCAGAAUUACUUGGCAAGUUAUAUCAGGUUCUUUUGGAGUAUAACAAGUAGUCAAUAGUCUAAGCUUGAUUUCUGCUCUAGUAAUGGCAAGCUAUUAUAUAUGA